UAGUGGAAAACUGUGUUUUAUUUUAUAUUUGAUAUCUUGUAAUUCAGAAAUUGUAAAUAAUUUUAUAAGUUCAGGACAGGGUUGUAAGACUGUAAAACUGGUUUACAUAUAAUCUUAUAACACAGCUUAUUAUCCAGUUCUUGUCAUGAAAGAUUUUAUCAGUCGCUCUAAUUAGUGUCUUAAGAAAUGGAACAAAGAAUAGCUUUCCAUGCCACAGAUUUUAUUGCUCGAACCCCUAAUUCAAAUCUGUUGAGCUAAUGAUGUCGGGUCUUUUAUCUAAUACUCGCCUUUGUCCAAACCGGACACUGGUUUUGGCAUCUUUGUACAUAAUUAUCCCAAGGUGACUAAUUGCUUUUAACGUAAGCGUGUUAUGUAAUGUAUAAGGGCCCGUCCGCCCUGGUUCAGGGAUUUGUUUGUUUUACCAUUUAAUUGUCCAUGCGAUUGCGCAUGCUCACCUGUCCGGAGACGCUGUUUCGGUCAACUGUCUUGGUCACUUGGAUUCGGACCAAUAAAGAAGACAGACCUCUAAAAGCAGUUGUCUCUACAUUAUGUUUUACAGCAUUCAAAAGAACAAAAGUUCCCGAUGAAAACUUGGUGGAGUUUCCUCAAGAUCCCAUAUGAAGGAAAGUUUGAAGGGAAGGAAAAACAACAGACCAAUAAACUAUCGGGUGCACCAUUCACAUUUUACAAGGUCUAACAGUAUGUUAUCAACUCCAACAACAGCAACAGUUUUUACAAUCCCAUCACCUGUAACCACAUCCGGACCAGUGCAAUCAACAUCUUCAAACCAGGAUUUAUCUCAAAACGGACAUACGGUAACAACUACCACUGAUAGUUCAACUGUUCCCAGGGUAGCUGAAACCAUUUCAUCAGCACCGAGUGUUAGAAACUUACCACCACCUCCUUCCCCACCCAUUCAGAUACAACAAACACCAGUUAUAAUGUCUGGCAUUGGUGUAACCUUGUCCAAAUUUAAUGGUACCGAUGCUCAAUUAUGGUGGAACUCUAUGGAAUCAUGGAGAAGAUUUUUGAAACUGUCAGAGGAGGACACUAUUGCAGCACUAGGCUGUAAUUUCGAGGGCAGUGCACAAGUGUGGCUCAACAACCUGCCUGAAGAGUCAAAGUUGAACCUUUCAAUUUUUAAGGAUGCCUUCAAUGACCGCUUCAAUAAGAAGCAAAUGGACAUCAAAUUUAUGUCCAUUAAACAAGGUGAUACAGAGAACAAUGAUACUUAUAUUGCAAGAGCAGAAAAACAGGCUCUAGGACAGAUGAUGCCAGAGGAGGCCAAAGUGAUGGUCAUCAUCCAAGGACUAAAACCUGCAGUCAGGAAGUGUGUUCUUGGAAAAGAACCAAAGUCAUUUGCUGACUUACGUCAUGCACUUGACAUUGCAAGUGCUGAAUUGGAGUGUGGCAGGGAAGACACAAAAGACAUGGUUCAGAUGUUUUCUACACUCAUGUCCAAAAUUGACAAACUAGAGUCAGUCAAUUCGGUGCAGCACCAAAAACAAUCCGAAUCUACACAGAAAUCCAAUAGUGCUGAUCAACAUCAGCCAUAUCAGCAGCCUCAUCCCCAGCCAUAUCAACAGCCUCAUCCCCAGCCAUAUCAGCAGCCUCAUCCCCAGCCAUAUCAGCAGCCUCAUCCACAGCCAUAUCAACAGCCAUAUCCUCAACAGUUUCAGCAACCUUUUAAUCAGCCAUUCCAGCAGCCCAGCUACCAUCAACAUCCUCAUCGGCCUCAAUACCAGCCCCGGCAUCAGAAUAGACGUCACCAUCACAAUCAGCCACGCCAACAGGGAAGCAUGAAUCAGCAAGGACAAAACAGACCAUGUGGAUGUGGUGUCUUUGGUCUUCCUCAAAUGUGGAAUAUGAUUGUGAUGGCCCUCCUAUGCGUACCUGUAGUGGUUAGUACGACGUCAGUACAAAGGUUGAACUACGGUAUUCUGUUUGAACCAGGACAGAAGCUGCAUCUUGGCCAGGAAUAUUGGUCGCAUACCUUAAAGAUACAGCUACCAACAAAUUUGAACCUCCCAGAUAUCAUCCUAUGCAAGAGAAGAACAUGCGAGUCUGCUAACUCUGUAGUCAGAACACUAAACAAUCUCAGAACUCAGUGUAUGGCAGAUGUUAAUGAGACGGUAAAAGAAAUACAUCGGUUGAUUCCACAUAGUUACAUCCCGAACAGUUCACCAUUCAGCUCACGCCGAAGUAAACGAGGUCUAUUUGAUUUUAUUGGUGAUAUAUCCAAAUCACUUUUUGGUACUGCAACUUCCAACGAUGUUUCAAACCUCAAACGCCACAUGCAGAUUUUGAAUAACAAUAAUGUUAAGUUGGCAAAAGCAAUGGCUGAAGAAGCUCACCAACUUACAUCAUUCAUAUCAACAGUUAAUGACCGUUUCGAUAACGUUAUCAAGGCUGUUAAAACAAACCACGAUCAAGCAAUUACUUUAUCUAACCAAUUUGCCACUUCUUUGGAUGGAUUGGAACAUGAAUUUGUACUUUUAGAAAAUAUGAUGUUAACACAAACUAAUGCUACAACAAUCUUAAACAAGCACUUAGAACAUGUUAAGUUAGCAAUUCAUGAUCUAGUCAAGGGCAAGUUAUCUCCCUUUCUUCUCUCGCCUCAUGUAAUCAGUGACUCCCUAAAGCAAGUACAAAGUAUAAUGGUUAGGAAGUUCCCAGGAUUUAAUAUUAUACAUAGGAAUCCACUGUAUUACUACUCAUUUGCAAACUUUCUGUUUGCUAGGCACCAUGGUAAUCUGUAUAUUCUUUUACAAAUUCCAAUUUCGACCUUUGUUAAACCGUUAUCUUUGUAUAAGGUUUAUUCUUUUCCUGUUCCAUUGAAUGCUACAUCUACUCAUGCUACACAACUACUUGGAACACCAGACUACUUCUUUCACACAAAUGACAAUCAGCAUUUCUCAGUUCUGUCACAUGAUCAGUUGAGGACAUGUACUAGUAAUAAUAACAUCUUGUACUGCCCUUUCCAUGUUGCUUUGUCCUCGGUUGCUAAACCAUCAUGUCUAUCCGCUUUGUUUUACAACCACAAGGAAUCAGUGAAAGAGACCUGUGAUUUUCGGUUUGUUCCAAACUCCCUCUCACCUAGUAUUAAGGAAUUAUCUCCCUCUACACUGUUAUUGUAUCAUAUCACUAUGCUAGCAUUAGAUUGUCCUUCAGGUCAGAAAAUUAUCAAAGGAUGUACUUUUUGUGUAAUACAAAUACCAUGUAGAUGUUCCCUAACUUCAGACAAUUUGUUUAUGCCACCACGCAUAGGGACAUGUAAAAAUGAAACAAGAGAUAUAUCAGUUGUUCAUCCAAUUAAUCUGGCUUUGUUACAAGAAUUUUUUCCAUCAUCUGAACAUUCCUCAAUCUUUGGCGAUACAUCAUAUUCCAAAUUUGUCCACAUCAAGCUUCCAGCAUUGAAGAUUUACAAUCAUUCUUUUUCUCAGCUGUUAGCUAAUGAUAACAAAUUUGACCUAAGUCUGAAAAAGAUUGCUCAAAAAGCUAAAAAAGGAGAAACAGUUUUUACUUCCUUAGCUGAGUCAAUGAUAGAUGGACAGAUUCCAUUUGCUUCAGUUGAAUGGCCAGAUACUAGUGGUGUCAUUGCAUUGAUAGGAACAGUUGUCUCUACUAUAGCUAUUGUAUUAGUCUUUUGUUUGUAUGUCAGAUUUCGAAAGUUGUCAGCCUUACUCUUGCUUGCUCAAAAGUCUUCUGCAUUCACUAUCUCACCUAACGUUCCAAGUUUUCAUUUCAAAGGCUUACCUGAUACAACCACUCCAACCCUCAUAUCAGAGCAUGUGUAUAACUCACUUCUGACACCAUGGCCAUAUGUUGUGCUUUCUUUUCUUACAACCACAUUCAUUCUCUUUGCUGUGUAUAUUAUUUGGAAGAAACUAAUCAAUGUUCACAAAACUUCACUUCUUGUUGAACUUACUAAUGGUCAUGAAUGUGAGCUAAUCAAAGUGGCUUCUCUUCCUCUGUGCCCAGAUAACUGGACCUUUUCUCCUCCAAUGGAUAUCAGUAACAUUUUUAUCCAAGGUAAUGUCCUGCCCAUGAUUCAUUUUGAGUGGUCAGAAUUUUCUGUUAUUAACAAUCAUACUAAACAGCGUAUCUACCCAUGCAAAAGUUAUCGUCUCUCACCUUUCCGAGCUAGAAAAAUCAAAAGAAUUUUGAAUCAACCUUAUACAGCAUAUAUUUUGCUAGCACAUCAUGGCUAUUUCUCUUUACUGAAGUGACUGUAACAAAAGGGACGUACAAUGUCUAGGAACAGAAUUGCCAAUUCCAUUCAAAACAUACAUACUGUAUGUGAAUAAUGCAAAGAACUUUUUGUGAAUUAUGCAAAGAACUGAAGCUUGAAGUUUGAUACAUUUAUGAGCUCAUUGUAAAUAUUGUACUUU